CUCGUCAUUCCCCCAUCCAGGCAUCUUCUUCUUAUACGACGUCCAGUCAGUCCUGUCCAUGGACGACGCCAUACCGUUCGACAUUCAAAAUGUCCUCCGACUGUCCCUCAAAUCUUCCAGUGAUCUUGUCCAAGUCUUAGAAACUUCCCGACGAAGGGGUCCGACGCCGGAACAUCUACAGAAGAUCAUCGAAGUCCUACUAUGGCACCGCAGGUUCAUUGUGACCUAUUACGCCGUCAUAGGUGUUGUGGUUGUGAUCUCAUGUGGUGUGAAGAUAUAUAAAAGUUCAAAGAGGCGGAAAACACAGCGACAUGAAACCGAGAGAUGUACAGCAGCGUCGUCCGAGACGGUAUCAUCAUCGUCCAGUACAUUGAGAGGCACGGUGACACCGCCCCCUGGCAAGAGUGACGAUGUGUGCUGCAGUGAAACAACACCUUUGCUCUUUCGGGGGUCCGUCACUAGUCCUCGGCGGCCUCUUCUGUUACACCGGUUGAAGGCCUUCCUCUUGUACCAGCCGCCGCCUAUACGCGCCUUGACAUCUCCAUCCAAUGUUCUCCCCGACAACGGAACAUCCUUGCUGCUUUUGUUCUUCCUUGGAGUCAAUCUCUUCUACCUGUUGUACCGAUCACCCCUGACCAUAUCAUGGAUCUUCAUCCUGGCUGAUCGAGCUGGCCUCUUAUUCGUCGUGAACUUACCAGUUCUCUAUCUCUUAGCAGCAAAGACGAACCAACCCAUCAAACUCGUCACUGGCUGGUCCUACGAAGGGUUGAAUCUUUUCCAUCGACGACUGGGCGAAUGGAUGAUAGCAGUGUCCAUUAUCCAUAUGCUUGGUAUGUUCGUCGUCUGGUACACCAUCCUUCGUCCACUCGACUUCGACCUCAUACGAUACUUAACCGCACCUGUGGUUUUCGUCGGAAUCUCUGCCAUAAUUUCUUAUUUUAUCAUAUACAUAACGAGCGUCGGCUGGUUUCGACAUCUAUAUUACGAGGCUUUUCUUGGUCUGCACAUAUUCUUCCAGGUGGCAGCACUCGCUUUUCUGUUCUUCCAUUAUCCCACUGCUCGACCGUACGUGGCAGGAACGCUUUUCAUUUGGGCCAUUGAUAGACUGGUCUGGCGGAUGUCACUGUCCAGCCGGAAAUACCUUGCUACAUUAGAUGUGGCUCCGGAUGGGCACACCGUUCUACUUCACUGCGACAUAGACCUGCAGCGGACACUCCUCGGCCUCCGAGUUGGGUUACAUCACGGAUGGCUUCCUGGACAACAUGUGUUCCUCACCAUUCCAUCGAUGGGCUUCAAAUAUCGCUUCCAAACACACCCCUUCACUAUUGCAUCGCCAGCUCCAGCACAGAACGCUGGUGUCAAAUCUUGGCCUCUCGAGCUUGUCAUUCGUUCCAUCGAUGGCUUCUCCUUGGACUUGUUGAAAUACGCUCGUCAUCAUCAACACUGCGAGGUAAUCAUGGACGGCCCACACGGUGGCAUCGAGGCCCUCGAGGCUGCCCACAAGGCCGAUCGUGUCUGCUUCGUCGCAGGUGGGAGUGGCAUCGCCGUCACAUAUCCACUAGCCUGGGACGUCCGAGUUGACCGUUCGAUGCAACCCGAUGCCCCAGUGAGCACCCGAACCGUCUACCGUGGAGGGAUCAAGUCUACACAAUCCGUGGUUGACUGUGGUCCUUUCGCCAACUUCUCCGGCUACGCCCAUUUCUGGGUACGACAGGACUCGUCCCACGCAACGUGGAUUUCGAUGUUUCCUCGAGCCAGAAGUGUCAAACAAGAUCCUACGAUGAUGAAAGUCUAUCCCCGAAGCCUUGAAGGUGAUGCUGAUCAGGAAGAAGUGGCGAGCAUUGUGACUCGGUCCUUCGACACAAGAGGCCCACGUUCCGAGGGUGGUAGACCUGAUGUCAAAGGUGAAGUUUGGAACUGGGUGACUUCUACCUCGUCAACGAGAUCAUCGUCUUCUACAUUGCUUGCCGCGGCUGGGACGGAGUCUGGGGUGAUCACUGUCAAAGAUUCGGCGAGCAGUCAGAAUGAUUCGAAAAACAGAGAAAAGAUAUGCAUCAUUGUCUCCGGCCCGGAUGGACUUGUGCGGGAUGUUAGGAAUGUUGUAGCCCAGCUUGUCCAGGAAGGAUGGGAUGUAAAUGUACAUGUGGAAAAAUUCGGGUGGUGAAUAUACAAAUACUGGAAUAUAUUAUGGAUAUGCAUUUUAUGUGGUUACGGUGAUGAUGAUGAUGAUGACUGGUACAGUGAUACUUUUUAUACGUUACAGAGGAGAUUUAGCAACAUUACAGAACAUACAUUCUUGAUCA